CCAAGUGCUGGGAUUAAAGGCGAACGCCCCAACAAGUGUCUGAAGACCAGAAACCAGUCUCUCCCUCUAUGUGUAACACAUCUCUCUCACAGGUGCAGCCAGUCUAUCUGUGAAGCCUUGAAGACAGGCGGGGCUUCUGGGAGUGGGAAGCAAGGCCUGAGAGCCAAUUGGAAGGACAAGGGUAGGGAGGGGCUAGCAAACAGCUCUUAAAAUACAGCUUGCCAGAGUGGCCUUUUUCUUUGGUUUUCUGGGUUUGGAUUUGUGUAUGGUAUUUGCAAUGAUACUGGUGCAACAUGACUGCUUUUAAGAGCUUUAAGUCGCUCGUCCAGCUGCGACACAAAGAAGGGACUUUAUUUGAAGUUGUUGGAGACUCCAGCAAGCUACCCGGCUGGUUCCAUACCAAGUAUCUGGAUGAACCAAAAGCAAUAUACUUGGAUGUCUGGCUUGCGGAAGCUAUUUUUGGUAAGGGUGGAGAGAACAUUCCACACGUCGAGAAUAUGUCAUGUACUUUGCUUCAAGUGAACCAGUGGGAGCCUGAAGGGGCAGCUGAGAUUUUGAUAUUCGGGUCCCCUCAUUGCCAAGAGGAUGUUUCACAGAUGAUCUCGAACUUGGCUAACUAUUUCUCCAAUAAAAAAAUGCAAGAGGACCUUUCUCAAGAGGCUGAGACCCAGUAUUUUCCUGUGGAGGUUCAGGAGGCUGGCACCCAGCUGACUCCUGUGAAGGUCCAUGAUGUUGCCACCCAGCAGGCUCCCCUGGAGGUCAGUGAUGCUGCUACCCAGUCGGCUCCCCUGGAGGUUAGGGAUGCUGCUACCCAGCUGGCUCCUGUGGAGGUCAUUGAUGUUGCUACCCAGCCGGCUCCCGUGGAGGUCGGUGAUGCUGCUACCCAGCCGGCUCCCCUGGAGGUUAGGGAUGCUGCUACCCAGCCGGCUCCCGUGGAGGUCGGUGAUGCUGCUACCCAGCCGGCUCCCCUGGAGGUAAUUGAUGCUACUACCCAGCCGGCUCCCGUGGAGGUCGGUGAUGCUGCUACCCAGCCGGCUUCCCUGGAGGUCAGUGAUGUUGCUACCCAGCUGGCUCCCCUAGAGGUCAAGGAUGCUUCUACCCAGCUGGCUCCCCUAGAGGUCAGUGAUGCUGCUACCCAGCCGGUUCCCGUGGAGGUCAGUGAUGCUGCUACCCAGCCGGCUCCUGUGGAGGUCGGUGAUGCUGCUACCCAGCCGGCUCCCCUAGAGGUCAGGGAUGCUGCUACCCAGCUGGCUCCCCUAGAGGUCAGUGAUGCUGCUACCCAGCUGGCUCCCCUAGAGGUCACUGAUGUUGCUACCCAGCCGGUUCCCGUGGAGGUCAGUGAUGCUGCUACCCAGCCGGCUCCCGUGGAGGUCAGUGAUGUUGCUACCCAGCUGGCUCCCGCGGAGGUCAGUGAUGCUGCUUCCCAGCUGGUUCCUGUGGAGGUCGGUGAUGCUGCUACCCAGCCGGCUCCCCUGGUGGUCCAUGAGGCUUCCACCCAGCAGGAUAAUGUGGAGGCUAGUGAAGCUGCCACCAAGGACACUUCAGUCUCCCAUUGAAGUCUGCGAGGCUGUCAUCCAGCAGCAUUCAUUCUGUAGAGGUCUCUGAGGUGCCGGCCCAGAAGUUUCCUGAGGUUGUUCUUAAAGCAGGGACAGACCCAGAGCUCUUCUGUGGAGAGCCAUGAGAGGAAGCCCAGCAAUCUUUUGAUGUCAGUAUU